GCACCGCAGAAGGGCCUGUCGGGGACGCGCCACUCCGGCGGAGAGGCGGUGCCCGCUGACCCAGGCGGGGCCACGCCGCACUACAAGUCCCAGGGAGCGGCGGGAGCUCCUGCCGGAGCGGGGCCGUCGGAGCUCCUUGUACGGGCACAGACCUUGCGGUGGCCUCGGAAGCAUGUGGCUGUGGCACUGGGGGCCCUGAAGACCGCCUGGCUUGCAGGGAGGAAUGCUACGGUGGGCAGUGCACUUGGAAGGCGGGCCACGGAGGGUGAACCACGCGGCCGUGGCUGUGGGGCACAAGGUCUAUUCCUUUGGUGGCUACUGCUCUGGAGAGGACUAUGAGACCCUGCGGCAGAUCGACGUCCACGUUUUCAACGCAGUGUCUCUGCGCUGGAUCAAGUUGCCUCCAGUGUGGACAAACAGCCGAGACCACGUGAGGGAGGUGCCCUACAUGAGGUAUGGACACUCAGCAGUGCUCAUCGACGACACCGUCUACAUUUGGGGCGGUCGCAACGACACGGAGGGAGCUUGCAACGUGCUCUAUGCUUUUGAUGUCAACACACACAAGUGGUUCACACCAAAGGUGUCUGGAAUGGUCCCAGGGGCAAGAGAUGGGCACUCAGCUUGUGUCCUGGCAAAGAGCAUGUUUAUCUUUGGAGGCUAUGAACAGCUGGCUGACUGCUUUUCAAAUGAUAUCCAUAAAUUGGACACCACAAACAUGACGUGGACCUUAAUCUCUGCAAAGGGUACUCCAGCUCGCUGGAGAGACUUUCAUUCAGCCACCAUCAUUGGAACAAAGAUGUAUGUGUUUGGUGGCAGAGCUGAUCGGUUUGGGCCCUUUCACUCUAACAACGAGAUCUACUGUAACCGAAUUAAAGUGUUUGAUACAGAAACCAACUCCUGGUUGGACUCCCCUCCCACUCCCGUGCUCCCCGAGGGCAGGAGGAGCCAUUCAGCUUUCAGCUACAAUGGGGAACUGUAUGUAUUUGGUGGCUACAAUGCACGCCUGAACAGACACUUCCAUGACCUCUGGAAAUUCAACCCAGUUUCUCUUUCUUGGCGGAAGAUUGAACCCAAGGGGAAAGGGCCAUGUCCUCGGCGCCGACAGUGCUGCUGCAGAGUGGGGGACAAAAUCAUCCUCUUUGGAGGUACCAGCCCGUCUCCGGAGGAGGGAAUGGGUGAUGAAUUCGACCUGAUGGAUCACUCAGAUCUCUACAUCCUCGACUUCAGCCCCAGUCUGAAGACGCUGUGUAAGCUAGCAGUGAUUCAGUACAGCCUGGACCAGUCCUGCCUUCCCCACGACAUCAGAUGGGAGCUCUCAGCCAUGACAACGAACAGCACCAUCAGCCGCCCCAUUGUCUCCAACCAGGGCUGAAGAGAACUCAUCCUUCUACCACCCUGCCCUCACCCCUCCACAUACUGACCUCUUGCUCCACUGCCUGCAUGAAUUUUUAGCCCUUUCAAGCAA